ACAUUUCUGAAAAUUAUGUCAUGGCUUUAGAAGCUUCUGAUAGGCUAAUUGACAUAAUUUGAGUAAAUUGGAGGUGUAAAUCAAAUCAAAUUUAUUUUUAUAUAGCCCUUCGUACAUCAGCUGAUAUCUCAAAGUGCUGUACAGAAACCCAGCCUAAAACCCCAAACAGCAAACAAUGCAGGUGUAGAAGCACAGUAGCUAGGAAAAACUCCCUAGAAAGGCCAAAACCUAGGAAGAAACCCAGAGAGGAACCAGGCUAUGUGGGGUGGCCAGUCCUCUUCUGGCUGUGCCGUGUGGAGAUUGUAACAGAACAUGGCCAAGAUGUUCAAAUGUUCAUAAAUGACCAGCAUGGUCAAAUAAUAAUAAUCACAGGCAGAACAGUUGAAACUGGAGCAGCAGCACGGCCAGGUGGACUGGGGACAGCAAGGAGUCAUCAUGUCAGGUAGUCCUUAGGCAUGGUCCUAGGGCUCAGGUCCUCCGAGAGAGAGAAAGAAAGAGAGAAAGAGAGAAUUAGAGAGAGCAUACUUAAAUUCACACAGGACACCGGAUAGGACAGGAGAGGUACUCCAGAUAUAACAAACUGACCCUAGCCCCCUGACACAUAAACUACUGCAGCAUAAAUAUAGGAGGCUGAGACAGGAGGGGUCAGUAGAUACUGAUCACGGCACAACCCAAGGGGGAGCGCCAACCCAGACAGGAAGAUCACAUCAGUGACUCAACCCACUCAAGUGACGCAUCCCUUCUAGGGACGGUAUGAAAGAGCCCUAGUAAGCCAGUGACUCAGCCCCUGUAAUAGGGUUAGAGGCAGAGAAUCCCAGUGGAAAAAGGGGAACCGGCCAGGCAGAGACAGCAAGGGCGGUUUGUUGCUCCAGAGCCUUUCCGUUCACCUUCACACUCCUGGGCCAGACUACACUCAAUCAUAUGACCCACUGAAGGGAUGAGUCGUCAGUAAAGACUUAAAGGUUGAGACAGAGUUUGCGUCUCUCACAUGGGUAGUGUGACGUAGAAGUCCGUCACUGGCCGCGGGCAGCAUUUGGUUCUUUAACGCACACACAUAUUCAUCACUCCUCCCUGCGCCAUUAUAAGAUAAGUUAACAAUGUGGGUCGACACACAAAUUAACUUCUGUCUUGGUGCAUGCAUUUCACACUUGUCAAUGUUCAUAUUUGAGAAAUACAAUACUUAUUAUUAUACUUAUCAAUGUUGUGGAUGAGCGCAUUGUUUGUUUGUUCUGUUUCUCUCUCUCCAUCUCUGUAGCUUCCGGGUAUGCUGGAAAAGGACCUGAGCUAAGGGAAUUGGGUUGGCUUUAUAGUGCCUGUCCCAAAUGGCUCAUUAAUGCAUAUGGGCAUAUUGAAAGAUAUUGUCAGUAGUGAUGUAAUGUUGUAAAUGUUAUGUUGUGAUAUUGUUUAAAACCGUGUUGCAAUGUAUAUCCUUUAGUAUGUUUAGUUCAUGGAAAAUGUAGGUUUGUAUUUUUAAUUGAUUAAUUAACCAGGGUUAAUUGUUCUGAGGGGAGGGGCUAGCCCUACAAAAGGAGCCUCUCUUUCAGUCAUGGUGAAAGGCAUUUUUGGAUUGAGCUGUGGAUGGGGCAGCAUUGUUUUUAAGCUGUCCCAUAAGGUAGACGUUGAUGGCAGUACUGUUGUUUUUUGUUCCGGAAUUCACUUGUAAAUAAACACCUUUGCACAGAAGAACUUUUGCGGUUCCGCCAUCUUUUUAUUUUGAUAGAGGUUAGGUUAUCCAGUUUAGCCUUCUGGCCUACUCUACGUGACAUAUGGUGGCAGUGGUGGGAUGGCGUACCGCAAAUCAGUGAAUUCCAACAAGAAGAGGUAAAGGAAUGUGUACAGGAUUGCGUUCUCAGCAACAGCAUCAACUGUCAGAAAAGGUACCUGAAGUUGAACCGGGGUGGAAUACCAUGGAAUCGUCUGGUGAAGAAGAGGUCAAGUAUGAGAAACUAGGAGCCCGACCGCGGGGCCAAAGACAACCAGAACUGGGUGAGCUGCUGACUGAAGGAGCAGUUGGGGGACCAGAACCACACCCAACCAUGGUAACCCUUUUUCAGCAACUUUUCACCUGCCUUGAGAGGAGGGACGAAGACCUCAAACAGGAGUUACGUGGCCUACGCCAAUCUAUCCUCACAGCUCCCCACCAGGCGGAACUCGUCAGUGAGAGCCCAAGAUUGGGUCUUCCAACACCAGGACGACAAAGGCUCGAUGCAGCGGGGACUUCAACUCCACAGCAGGCACCCCAAGCAGUAAUGAGGCCAGCACCAGGAGACCAGUCCAGCAGUGUUAACGUCCAUCUUCCAGCAUUCCUGAGGAAGGAGCCAAAGAUGCCCUCAUACCAGCAGGGGGAGGACAUUGAAAACUACCUGCUGAGGUUUGAGCGCAUGGCUAAGACGUGGCAGUGGCCUGAGGUAGAGUGGGCCUGCAGGCUUGUCCCAUUGCUCACGGGCAAGGCCUUAGAGGCUUACACAGCAAUGGAUGAGGGGCUGUCCAAUGUCUACAAGGGCUUGAAGGAAGCGCUGCUGGUGAAGUUUGACAUCUCACCGGAAACCUACCAUCAACGCCAUCGGGUGAGUCGCCGACAGAGACGUACCACCGCCUCAAGGGUCUCUACCGACGAUGGGUUCGAACGGGGGAGAAGACACAGGACGAAAUUGGGGAGGUCAUCAUCCUCGAGCAACUUCUACAAGUUCUACCACACGACAUUCGAACCUGGGUCCGAGAGAAUCCCAGAUGAAAUCCUGACGGACCAAGGGACAAACUUCACCUCGCGACUGAUGGUUCAACUCCACCGACAGCUGGCCAUUAAAGGCUUGAGGACUACUCCCUACCAUCCCCAGACGGAUGGGCUCGGAGGUGCCUCAGGCAUCGACAGGUUUCUCGCCAUUCGAACUCCUCUAUGGAUGGCCAGUGCAAGGACCACUGGACCUGCUGAAGAAGUGCUGGGAAGGUUCCCCAGUAGCUACCUCAGGACAGGGAUUGUCCAGUAUGUCCUCCAGAUGCGAGACAGGUUGGAACGGUACCGAGAGGAAGCUAGAGCAAACCUUCAGCAAGCCCAGAAGGCCCAGAAGAGAGGCUAUGACCAGCACGCUCGCCACAGAGAGUUUGAGCCAGGACAGAAAGUCCUGCUCCUCCUUCCUCGUCUACCAGCAAGCUCCUUGCGCAAUGGCAAAGACCGUACCUAA